AUGGCCGCGGGAACGGCGCGGCCGCAAGGCCCUGGAUCGGGUUGCCCCGAGAAGCUGAGCAAGAAAGUUGUUGAUUAUUCCGAAUUUGGUGAAGAUGAUGAUGAAGACUUUGCAUGUAUAGCUGCACCUUUAAGCAAAAAAUCCAGAACACAGCUGAAGGAACCAAAGAAGGAGAAAAAAGAGAAGCAAAAAAUAACACACAAAGAAUUAACUCCAUUUCAAAAGCAGGCACCUAGUAAAAGAAUAUCCUUGGAUGACAAACUCUAUCAAAGAGAUCUGGAAGUUGCCUUAGCCUUAUCUGUCAAAGAAAAACCAACAAAUAUCCUUGAGGUGCAAAAUUCAGAAGAACAAGGUAAGAAAAUUGAAUCAGAAAAUAGGAGACCUGUUUUUACCAACUGCAGUGUAGACAGUGAACUUUUAGGUCUUGAUCAGGUUCUACAUGAUGACAUACCUAGGAGUGGCUGUAGGCAAGGGUUGGCAGCAUCUAAAGCUCUGUCACAUCAGAAGAAGUCACUGACCAUUGACAGUAAUGACAGAGAGCACGAUACUGACUCUGAGCGAGAGUCUGUACCAGAUGAGGAAUCAGAAGACGAUUCAGAUUAUAAUGAUGAUGAAGACUUUGCUAUGGAAAAGAAGAAAACCAGAGGAAAUAAAAAAGAAACCAAACAAAAGAGGCAGGGUGAAAAAGAAAAAAAGACUCCAACAUCCAAGAUUAAUAUUACAGUAUCGCCUGUAGUUCCUUCUUCACUGGUAACGGAACUAAAAUUUGAGCCAACACAGAUGUCCAGUUCUUCAGAACCAAUUGGAAGGCCUUUACAUGCAUCAAGUCCUGUAACAGAGAAGAAGCCUAAAUGGAUACCACCAGCUGCAUCGGGAAGCACUAAUAACAUUGGGAAAUACGCUUCGGUUAAGUCACCUACUCAUGGUCUUAGACUUGGCCUCUCCAGACUAGCAAGAGUCAAACCACUGCAUCCUAGCGCUACCAGUGGUUAACUGGUCGUUGACAAGGUAUCAUGUGAAGAACUGUGUUCACAAAAGACUUUGGAAAGCGUUUUGCUUAUAAGUAGAGAGUAAAAAAACCAGUGAGCAGCAAAAGCUUCAUGGCAUCAUCUGUUUUGCGGGACAGUUAUUAUGUACAUUUCUAAUACUACAGAGUUUUUAUUCUGUAAAACGCAAGGCAUCCCUAGGUGCUAUUGAAUAAUAUUAUUUAAUCAUGGUGACAUCUGAUCUGGUCACCAGUUCUUUUAUGGGUUAUACUCUGAGAUAGUUUAUAAUAAUUGUCAUUCUCUUAUCUGAAUGUGGCAAUAGUCAGAAAUACUAUGUCAAUUAUGGAUUUUUAUAUCUCAAAUGGAUUCUUAACACAAGUGAAAGUUACAGUUUAAAAAAUUUAUGGGAAGAGACAUUACUUCUACCCCUUUGUUCUUGGAAAGUUUCUCUUCACUCAAAAUCUGUUAGUGUUUGCAUAAUUUAUGUGUUUCUGUUAAUUAUUUUUUUAAAAUGUAAUAUAGAUAUGAAUGGUAUUUAGAAUGCUAUAAUUAAAAAAAAGGUAAAAUAAAAUACUUUAAUAAAAUGAAUUACUAAGAUUACAUUAUAUAAUUUUGAAGUUCAUUUCCAAAUUUUGGCUACAGUCCUGCAAAUAUUUUUGCGUGUGAAAAAUUUACUUGAAGUCAAUAACAUCACUUAGAUUCAGACAAUAAGGUUUUUGCUUUGGGCUCCUUGAUCUUUGGUGAAGACUGUGAUAUCCUGCAUAUUUAUUGAAUUUUAUAAAACUUGAAGUGACAGUUA